AGACAGUGAGUGCUCUCCCUCGCUGCGAGAGCGGCGAAAACGGAUGAUCGAGCCGUCAACACGACCGACACCACACUCACACACAGACACACAGAGAGAGGGACAUCGAUGCAGAAACACAGGCAGGCAGGCAGGCAGACAGGCAGUCAGGCAUGGACAGAGAGAGUGGGACACGACAGACAGACAGGUGGGGCAGGGCAUGGACCAAACACGCACGACCAACGUAGGCGGGAUACACGGAUGAAUGAAUGAAUGGAUGCCACGCAUGCCGUGUAUCGAUCGGUCGGGCAGGACUUACAAAAGGUCCGCCACCUGCACAGACACAGACAGACACACGGACAGAGCCAGGUCACCCAAGCGUCGCUUUGUUCGUUAAGGCUUGCGGGCGUACGUUCGAAGGCAUUUCCUCGAUCUGCGUGUGGUAGUAUCUUUCGAUGUCCUUGAGGGCCUUCAUGUCGUUGGACGUGAUGAAGUUGAUGGCCACACCCUUGCGGCCAAACCGACCCGAACGACCAAUCCUGCACAACACAACCACACACAUAUAUCCAUGCCAACCAUGUUUGCGUGGAUGCACUGCACUACAGCACAAGACACACGUGGCGCGUGGGUACCCACCUGUGCAGGUAGUUUUCCAUGUUGUUUGGGAGGUCGUAGUUGAUGACGAGCGAGACCUGCUGGACGUCGAUGCCGCGCGCCAGCAGGUCGGUGGUGAUGAGCACACGGCUGCUGCCGCUGCGGAACUCGCGCAUAAUCAACUCGCGCUCCUUCUGAUCCAAAUCACCAUGCUGAUAGCACACAACCAGCACACCACACCCGGUCGGUAAUGAGCAUCCCAUCGAGACAUGUGUGUCGGGUGUGUCGGUGUGAGCGUCUUCCCCUCCCUCCCUCUCCCCACAUAUGUAUACGUGUGUUUGUUAGUGUGUGUGUGAUUGCACUGACUGACCAUCGACGAGACGGUGAAGUCUCGUUUGUUCAUGUUGUCGGUGAGGUAGUCGACCUUCCUGCGCGUGUUGCAGUAGAUGAUGGCCUGUGUGAUGGUGAGCGUCUCGUAGAGGUCCGUGAGGGUCUCGAGCUUCCACUCCUCCUUCUCGACGGCCACGUAGAACUGCCGGAUACCCUCGAGGGUCAGCUCCUCCUUCUUGACCAAAAUGCGGAUCGGGUUGCGCAUGAACUUGCUCGUCAAGUCGAGGAUGUCGGGGGGCAUGGUGGCCGAGAACAAGGCCACCUGGAUGGACGACGGCAGCUUGCGGAACACGUCGUAAAUCUGGUCCUUGAAGCCGCGGCUCAGCAUCUCGUCGGCCUCGUCCAGCACGAACAGGUUCAUGCUGUCCAGCCGGAGGUACUUCUUGUCGAUCAUGUCGUAGACGCGCCCGGGGGUGCCAACCACCAUGUGCACGCCCUGCGACAGCUUCUGGAUGUCGUCACGCACCGCCGUCCCGCCCACACACGCGUGACACUUGACCUUCAGGUAGUCACCCAGAGCCAACACCACCUACACACCCCACCACACCUCAGUGUUGUGCCUCGAUUCCACCGUUCCUCCGCCCACUGCACUGACUGACCUUUUGAAUCUGCUGGGCGAGUUCUCGAGUGGGUGCGAGCACGAGUGCCUGGCACUCGCGUAUCUCGUAGUCGAUCUUCUGCAGGAUGGCGAUGGCGAAUGUGGCCGUCUUGCCGGUACCAGACUGCGCCUGUCCGAUGGUGUCGUGUCCCUCGAGGAUGGGCUUGAUGCCCCGCUGCUGGAUGGCGCUGGGCUUCUCAAAUCCGUACGAGUAGAUGCCUCGCAGCAGGUCCUCGUGCAGCCCGAGGCCGUCGAAGUUCUCGAUGACCUCGUCGUAGUUGCUCUCGAUGACGGUGUCGUCGGCCAGCUUCUGGGACCGCAUCUCGGCGGCCUUGUCCUCACGGUCGCGGUCGCGGUCGAAGUCACGACGGUCGUCAUCUCUGAUCAACGUACGUGACAACAUCGGGGCAGAACAACACACACGGACACACAGCGACAGAGGCAGAGAAAGAUCAUGGUGAUCAACGCAGAGAGGGAGUGUUGCUGAGUGCUUGCCUGCGUCUGUCCCGGCCAUCGCGGUCGUCGUCACGUCUGCCGCGUCUGCAGGCAGAACGGACAGGCAGAUCACUCGUUUGCUCGUCAGUGUCUGGGGAUCUGACUGUCCGUGUGUUGUGGUGAGCGUACCUGUCAUCGUAUCUGUCGCGGUCGCGUGAGUCACGGUAGCCAUCGCGGUCACGUCGGUCUCGGUCAUCACGACGUCUGUCGUCAUACCGCCCGUCCCUCUCUCUGUCGUAGUCAUUAUUGGCCAUGCUGGUCUGCACUUCUGUG